UUCAUCAUCUGAUUGAUGAGGAGCAGUGAGGGAGGCUGGGGAGGUAACCUCCUCAGGUCCAUAGAGCUCUCUACCUUGCCUGGUGGAUGGGAGACCGGAUGGAGCCAAACUGCUGCUGGCUGAAUAGACAGGAGUCGCUAUGGAACAUGCAGUGGACUAAACUUUUCUAGACUCUCUGAUGGCUUGUGACAUAUAAUUACUGCUGUUCUAAUCCAUCAUGUUACUUCUAACAGUUUUAACCUACAGAUGGAAAUCUCAGCUGUGUUGUGAUGAUGGCAAGAUACAAGAGUGCUGAGAAAGCUAAUACACGAAAGGAUGCCACAAACACCUCCCUUUGCAGCUAUGUUUGACAGCAGCGGCUACAACAGGAACCUGUAUCAGUCAAAAGAGGGCAACUGUGGUGGGCUCUAUUACCAUGACAACAACCUCCUGUCAGGGUCUCUGGAAGCUCUGAUCCAGCACUUGGUACCCAGUGUAGAUUACUAUCCUGACAGGACAUACAUCUUCACCUUCCUUCUUAGUUCACGCCUGUUCAUGCAUCCGUAUGAGCUCAUGGCCAAAGUCUGCCAUCUGUGCAUUGAGCAGCAGAGACUAAGUGAGCCUGCGCUGGACAAGAACCAGAUACAAAAAAUUGCACCCAAAAUCCUACAGUUGUUGACUGAAUGGACAGAGACAUUUCCUUACGAUUUCCGAGAUGAAAGAAUGAUGAGGAACUUAAAGGAGUUGACACAAAGAAUAGCCAGCGGUGAUGAGAUGUAUCGGAAGAAUGUACAGCAGCUCCUCCAGAACCUGAUUCGGAAGCUUGCCACUGUUAGCCAGUAUGAGGAAGUACUUGCAAAAAUUAAUGCUACAUCCACAGAUCGUCUCAUGGUUAUAAAGACCAAGCCCCAGUCCAUUGAGAGGGACAUAAUCACAGUCUGCAAUGAUCCCUAUGUGUUGGCUCAGCAGCUGACACACAUAGAGCUUGAGAGACUCAAUUAUAUUGGGCCAGAAGAAUUCGUCCAGGCGUUUGUGCAAAAGGAUCCUUUGGAUAAUGACAAGAGCUGCUAUGGAGAUCGAAAGAAGACCCGGAAUCUGGAAGCCUAUGUGGAAUGGUUUAACAGGCUCAGUUACUUGGUUGCAACAGAAAUAUGUAUGCCUGUGAAGAAGAAGCACAGAGCAAGAGUGAUAGAAUAUUUCAUUGAUGUGGCACGGGAAUGCUUUAACAUUGGCAACUUUAACUCCUUAAUGGCUAUUAUUUCUGGCAUGAACAUGAGUCCUGUGUCUCGGUUAAAGAAAACUUGGGCAAAAGUGAAGACAGCUAAAUUUGAUAUUCUUGAGCAUCAGAUGGACCCUUCUAGCAAUUUUUACAAUUACCGAACCGCUCUGCGUGGAGCCACUCAAAGGUCCUUGACAGCUCACAGCAGCAGAGAGAAGAUUGUAAUACCUUUCUUCAGCCUCUUGAUCAAAGAUAUUUACUUCCUCAAUGAGGGCUGUGCCAAUCGUCUUCCAAAUGGUCAUAUCAAUUUUGAAAAAUUUUGGGAACUGGCAAAACAAGUCAGUGAAUUCAUGACAUGGAAGCAAGUGGAGUGUCCCUUUGAAAGGGAUCGGAAGAUUCUGCAGUACUUGCUCACUGUCCCUGUCUUCAGUGAUGAUGCACUUUACUUGGCUUCCUACGAGAGCGAAAGUCCUGAGAAUCACAUUGAGAAGGACAGAUGGAAGACACUAAGGUCAUCACUUCUGGGCAGAGUCUAGCGCACAAGAUGGCCUGUUGCUUCUGCUGUUGCUGUAUUAUGUGGAUUACCAAGGGGCAUGGCUUGGUUUAUUUUUCUGUACACCUGAGCAGGAUUCAAAGUGAUGAAGAAUGUGCAGUCAGUUGCAAUAUUGUGUCAGCAAAGAUGAAACAAGUUAACUCAAGAACAAACAGACAGCUUCUCACAUCUGACAGAGGAGAUAAAAUCACAGCCCGCUUGGCUGUGAUUCAGGCUUAAGUAUUGAUUGAGAACAGGGCUGACGGAAUCCUUUGAAUAGCUCAGAUGCCGCCUAUGAAUCAUUUCACACCUGGAUGGAGUAUUUUCCCCCUUUCUUUUUCUUCAGCUUGCUGCUACAAGGACUCUGAAGAGUUGAUGGUAGAUUAUGGAGGAGGAAAAAAUCACCAUCCCUUCCAGUGAAACCCAAGUUUGCAUUGAAGAACUUCAACUCCCAGUAAGCUAAAUAUAGCCACGAACUUUGCCUGAUCAGGACUGCUAAAAAGGGGAAGGAUUGGACACAGUAGAUUGGCUGCUGGGGACAGUUUCUUCCCAGCACUGUAAUGGUGGCUGUGUUUUUUCUCUUUUUCUGUUGUUUUGAGUUGGCUGCUGGUAGGCAAACUCAUUAUUAUUAUAAGUUAUUUAAAAAUAUAAAUAAUAAAAAUCAAGACUGGUAGAAAAUAUACCUGCUGCAAAAUAUAGUAUGUAGCUUGGACUACUUUACAACUUCUAGUGAGGGGGUUCCUUUCUUUCAGUUGAUUACAACUAACCACUACAUGCUACAGACAUUCUUAUUUUUAUUAGGUGGUUUUGUUACUCUAGUUUUCUGUACUUUACCUUCUUAUAUUAGGUUGAACAAGCUGACUUUUCUAGAAUAGUUCUUGAGAAACUGGUGUACAAACUGUGUCGAAAUAGGAAAGUAUGUUUCUAUUAAGUAAUUUUUAUAACUGCUUUUUUCGAAAGGGUAACAAUGGAGAACACAAUCCACUUUGACUGAAAUAGCAAGAUGCCAAAAAGAAAAAGAUGAGGCUUCUUCUCAGAUACAGCUGUGAACAAAACAGUCUCCCUGUGUGUUUGCUUUAUGGAUUAUGUUUAUGACUGUGAAGUAGUUCACUAUGUUACACACCUAAUGAGUUUGUGGUAGCCCCGAAUACUUAGUCACUCUAUUUAUCCUAGGAAGAACCCAAUAGGAAAAAAAGAAACUGUAGCUAUAAAUCACUGUGGACACAAAAUCGCUAAGUGAAAGCACAUACUUGGCAACAAAGGUAUUUGCAAUUAUCCUGGCACUGUUAUUUAAAAAUUAAAAGAAAUAAGAAUAAAUAUAUCUAUUUGUUGCACUGCA